AUGUCGGAGCGCAGUGCCCCGGUCGGCCGCCUCAGACUGGACUGGGUCUAUGGAUACCGGGGACACCAGUGCAGGAAUAACCUCUACUACACCGCUGCCAAGGAGCUGGUGUACUUUGUGGCCGGAGUGGGCGUGGUCUACAACACCCGAGAGCACAGCCAGAGGUUCUACCUGGGACACAACGAUGACAUCAUCAGCCUGGCUCUGCACCCGGAGCGCUCCCUGGUGGCCACGGGGCAGGUGGGUAAGGAGCCGUAUGUGUGUGUAUGGGACACCUUCACCGUUCAGACCGUGUCCCUGCUCAGAGACGGGCACACCCACGGGAUCGCCUGCCUGGCCUUCAAUGCAGAUGGACAGCGCUUGGCCUCGGUGGGACUGGAUGCCAAGAACACAGUGUGUAUCUGGGAGUGGAGGAGAGGCAAGAUCCUGGCCACUGCUACAGGACACUCGGACCGGAUCUUUGAUAUCUGCUGGGAUCCUUUCCAGCAGAACCGUCUGGUGAGCUGUGGAGUCAAACACAUCAAGUUCUGGUCUCUGUGUGGAAAUGCCUUGACUCCCAAAAGGGGUAUUUUUGGGAAGACGGGUGACCUCCAGACUAUCCUGUGUGUGGCAGCGGCUAAAGAUGACGUCACAUACUCAGGGGCCCUCAAUGGGGACAUCUACGUGUGGAAGGGUCUCAACCUCAUCCGCACCGUCCAGGCCGCACAUGGGGCUGGCAUCUUCAGCAUGUUUUCCUGUGAGGAGGGCUUUGCCACAGGAGGCAGAGACGGAUGCAUCAGACUGUGGGACGUCGACUUCAAACCCAUCACAAAGAUCGACUUACGGGAGGCCGAGCAGGGCUAUAAAGGUUUGUCGAUCCGCAGUGUGUGCUGGAGAGCAGACCGCAUCCUGGCUGGAACACAGGACAGUGAGAUCUUUGAGGUGAUGGUGCGAGACCGGGACAAGCCUCUGCUCCUGAUGCAAGGCCACAGUGAGGGAGAGCUCUGGGCUCUGGACGUUCACCCCAAGAAACCUCUGUGUGUGACAGGCAGUGAUGACCGCUCUGUGCGCCUGUGGAGCCUGGUGGACCAUGCACUGAUUGCUCGCUGUAACAUGGAGGAGGCGGUGCGAAGUGUGGCCUUCAGCAUGGACGGGGCUCAGCUGGCCCUGGGCAUGAAGGAUGGCUCCUUCACUGUGCUCCGAGUCAGGGACAUGACGGAGGUGGUACACAUUAAAGACCGGAAGGAGGUGAUCCAUGAGAUGAAGUUCUCCCCUGAUGGGGCCUACCUGGCGGUGGGCUCCAAUGACGGACUGGUGGACAUCUAUGCAGUGGCUCAAAGAUACAAGAAGGUGGGAGAGUGCAGUAAGUCCAGCAGCUUCAUAACUCACCUGGACUGGUCUCUGGAUGGAAAAGUCCUGCAGACCAACGAUGGAGCUGGAGAGCGGCUCUUCUACAGAAUGCCAUUGGGGAAACCAGUUCUGACCCGGGAGGAGGUGAAGGGGCAGCGCUGGGCCUCAUGGAGUGGGGUCCUGGGGCCGGAGGUCAGUGGGAUUUGGCCUAAAUACUCUGACACAACAGAGGUGAACGCUGUGGAUGCUAACCACUCUGCCGCUGUGCUGGUCUCUGGUGAUGAUCUCGGACUGGUCAAGCUCUACAGGUUUCCAUGUCACAGGAAAGGAGCCAAGUUUAAGAAGUACAACGGUCACUCCGCCCAUGUGACCAAUGUCCGAUGGUCACAUGACCUCCAGUGGGUGCUGACCACAGGUGGGGCUGACCACGCCCUCUUCCAGUGGAGGUUCCUCCCAGAGUCUGUGAUGAACGGAGGACUCGACAUAAAUGUACAAGACAAUCAUGGAGAUUCUAACAGCGAGGAGUCAGACAGCGAUGUGUCCGACGUCCCUGAGCUGGACUCUGACAUUGAGCAGGAAACGCAGAUCAACUACGACCGACAGGUGUACAAGGAGGACCUGCCUCAGCUGAAGCAACAGAGCAGGGAGAAGAAGCAACAGGUCGGCUCUCUGAAGCGACAGAGAGGACCAGAGCAGAGCCUGCAGCUGCAGUUUGUGCACGGUUACCGCGGUUACGACUGCCGAAACAACCUGUUCUACACUCAGAGCGGGGAGGUGCUGUACCACGUGGCCGCGGUGGGCGUGGUUUACAACAGACAGCUCCACACUCAGCGCUUCUACCUGGGCCAUGAUGAUGACAUCCUUAGCCUUAGUAUCCACCCAGUCAAAGACUACGCAGCCACGGGACAGGUGGGGCGAGAUCCUGCCAUCCAUGUGUGGGACAUCCAGACCCUCAAGUGUCUGUCUCUGCUGAAAGGGUACCACCAGAGAGGGGUGUGUGCCCUCGACUUCUCAGCUGAAGGGAAGACGCUGGUGUCCGUGGGGCUUGAUGACGGACACUCAGUGGUUAUUUGGGACUGGAAGAGAGGAGAGAAACUUGCAACUGCCAGGGGACAGAAGGAUAAGCUUUUUGUGGUGAAGUGUAACCCUCUGCUCAUGGACAAACUGGUGACUGUGGGGAUCAAACACAUCAAGUUCUGGCAGCACACAGGAGGUGGCCUGACGUUCCGGCGUGGUGCAUUCAGGAGCGUGGGGCGUCCGGAGACCAUGAUGUCCGUGUGCUAUGGUCGCACUGAUGCCCUGGUCUUCUCUGGAGCAGCCACAGGAGACGUGUACAUCUGGAAAGAGCCUCUGCUGCUCAAGACAGUCAAAGCCCACGACGGCCCCGUGUUUGCCAUGUUCUCCCUGGACAAAGGCUUUGUGACCGGAGGAAAGGAUGGAGUGGUGGAACUGUGGGAUGACAUGUUUGAUCGCUGUCUGAAAACCUACGCCAUCAAGAGGGCCGCCCUGUCUCCUGGAUCCAAAGGGCUGCUGCUGGAGGACAACCCCUCGAUCAGAGCCAUCACUUUGGGUCAUGGCCACAUUCUCGUCGGGACCAAAAAUGGAGAGGUUUUAGAGAUCGACAAGACGGGGCCCAUGACAUUGCUGGUUCAGGGUCACAUGGAGGGGGAGGUGUGGGGUCUGGCGGCUCACCCUCUGCUGCCCAUCUGUGCCACAGUCAGCGACGACAAGACCCUCCGACUGUGGGAGACCUCUGCCAACCACCGUAUGGUCGCUGUGCGCAAACUCAAGAGAGGCGGCCGUUGCUGUGCCUUCUCGCCUGAUGGGAAGGCCUUGGCCGUGGGGCUGAAUGACGGAGGGGUCCUGGUGGUAAACGCAGACACUCUGGAAGAUCUGAUCAGCUUCCACCACAGACGAGACGCUAUUUCUGACAUCCGCUUCAGCCCAGACUCGGGGAAAUACCUGGCAGUGGCUUCACACGACAGUUUUGUGGACAUCUAUAAUGUUCUGAGCAGUAAACGAGUGGGCACGUGCAAAGGAGCGUCCAGUUACAUCACACACGUGGACUGGGACGUCCGAGGCAAACUGCUGCAGGUGAACUCUGGAGCCAAAGAGCAGCUUUUCUUUGAAGCACCAAGAGGGAAGAGGCAGACCAUCCGUAAUGCUGAGCUGGAGAGGAUGGAGUGGGCCAGCUGGACGUGUGUGCUGGGUGCGAGCUGUGAGGGAAUAUGGCCGACGCACAGUGACAUCACCGAAAUCAACGCGGCCUCUCUCACCAGAGACAGAACGCUGCUCGCCACAGGGGACGACUUCGGCUUCCUCAAACUGUUCAGUUACCCCGUCAGAGGCCAGUUUGCUCGCUUUAAGAGGUAUGUGGGCCACAGUGCUCAGGUGACCAAUGUCCGCUGGGCUCAGGACGACACCGCCCUCCUCACUCUGGGUGGGGCCGACACUGCCCUCAUGAUCUGGACCAGGGAGCGGGGGGGCGUGGUCACAGGAGAGGGGGAGGUGCCUCUGUUUCGGGACAAUAGGCCUCUGGUGGACAGCGAGGAGUCUGACGAUGACACGGAGGAGGAUGGAGGCUAUGACAGUGACGUGGCCCGGGAGAAGACGGUGGAUUACAGCACUAAGAUGUACGCAGGCAGCAUCCGGGAAAUGAGAGGCACCAAACCCCAGCACCAGCAGAAGGAGAUGUGUGCAGAGGAGAGGCAGGGCAUUGUCAAGGGAUCCAGACCUCCAGUGAGUCGAGCAACUCCACAGCCUGAAAAACUGCAGAAGAACAAUGUCUCCAAGAAGAAGCGAGUCGUGGAGGAUCUGGAGCUGGAGCACGUGUUUGGCUUCAGGGGCUACGACUGUCGGAACAACCUGCACUACCUCAACGACGGCACAGAGAUCGUCUACCACACCGCCGCAACCGCCAUCGUGCACAGCUUCAGCAACGGAACGCAGAGCUUCUACCAGGAGCACACAGAUGACAUCUUGUGUCUGACAGUGAACCAGCACCCCAAGUACAAGAACACCAUCGCCACGGGACAGAUCGGUGACUGCAGCGAGUUUCCAGGCAGCACGCCGUCCAUCCACAUCUGGGACGCUCUGAGUAAGCAGACCCUGUCCAUCCUGCGCUGCCCCCACAGUAAAGGAGUGGGAUACGUCAACUUCAGCGCCACGGGGAAAUUGCUGUUGUCCGUGGGAGUGGAGCCGGAGCAUACCAUCACUGUGUGGAGGUGGCAGGAAGGGACGCGCGUGUGCUGCCGGGCGGGGCAUCCAGACCGGAUCUUCGUAGUGGAGUUCAGACCAGACUCAGACACUCAGUUUGUGUCUGUGGGCAUCAAACAUGUGAAGUUCUGGACUCUGGCCGGAGGAGCGCUCAUGUACAAGAAGGGCGUGGUGGGCACAGUGGAGGACGGGCGCCUGCAGACGAUGCUCUCAGUGGCAUUUGGGGCCAAUAACCUGACGUUCACGGGAGGCAUAAACGGUGACGUGUACGUGUGGAGGGAGCACUUCCUGUUGAGGGUGGUGGCUAAAGCUCACACCGGCCCUGUAUUCACAAUGUACACCACUCUGAGGGACGGGCUGAUCGUCACGGGGGGGAAGGAGAGACCGACUAAAGAGGGUGGGGCGGUGAAGCUGUGGGACCAGGAGAUGAAACGCUGCAGAGCUUUUCAGUUAGAGACCGGCCAGCAGGUGGAGUGUGUGCGCUCUGUCUGCAGAGGGAAGGGUAAGAUCCUGGUGGGGACCAAAGAUGGCGAGAUCAUCGAGGUGGGGGAGAAGAACGCUGCGUCAAACAUCCUGCUGGACAGUCACGGACGCGGGGCCGUGUGGGGUCUGGCCACUCACCCCAACAAAGAUCUGUGCAUCACCGCCUCUGACGACUGCAGCAUCAGGCUGUGGGACCUCUGUGACAAGAAGCUGUUGAACAAAGUGUGUGUGGGCCAUGCGGCGCGCUGUGUGAGCUACAGCGCAGACGGGGACAUGCUCGCCGUGGGGAUGAAGAACGGGGAGUUCCUGGUGCUCCUCUCCAUCUCCCUCAAGAUGUGGGCCAAGAAACGUGACCGCAGCGCCCCCAUCCAAGACAUACGGUUUAGUCCAGAGCGCCGCCUGCUGGCCGUGGCGGUGGAUAACACUGUAGAUGUGUACGACAUGACGGCCGGCCCCAGUCUGAGCCGUGUGCUUUACUGCAGCGAUAUCCCAGCAUGCAUCCUGCAGCUGGACUUCUCUGCAGACAGCGCCUACAUACAGGUUUCCACUGGAGCGUACAAGCGCCUGGUGUUUGAGGCUCUCACAGGCAAACUGGUGACGGAUCAGAACAUCAUCGACAGGAUCACCUGGGCCUCGUGGACCAGUAUCCUAGGAGACGAGGUGCUGGGGAUCUGGCCCCGCAGCGCAGACAAAGCAGAUGUGAUCUGUGCCUGUGUGUCCCACGCUGGAGCCAACAUCGCCACAGGAGACGACUUUGGACUGGUCAAACUCUUCGACUUUCCCUGCACAGACAAGUUUGCCAAACACAAGCGCUACCUCGGCCACUCAGCUCAUGUGACCAACAUCCGCUUCUCCAGUGAGGACAAGUUUGUGGUCAGCACUGGAGCAGAUGACUGCAGUGUGUUUCUGUGGAAAUGCCUGUGAUGAAAACGAGGCACCGCUUUGGAUGAGACGCGCCUUAAACAAAGCACCACAAGUGAUCAGAAGAACAUCUCAUCUGCCACACGUUUCACACAGGUCAGGACCAGGAGGACCACGAAGCUCUGCUGGUGCUGCAGUUUGCCAAAUGAACGCCACAGUUUAGCAUAGUUUAGGCCGAUAGGUGGUGGGGACUAUCGACAAUACACUGAAAAAGCAAUGCUUUUACCUGAGGACGGCUUCAUUCACAUUAAGUUUCAAAUAUUUAUUCAAAGAAACAUAUAUGCAGCGCACUC